UGGCAUCACUCCCGGGGGAACUUUUCUUCAUCUCAGUAGCCACCGCAUUCUGCCGCAGCUCUCGUGGAGAGCAUUUCACGCAAUGAGUAAAGCAACGGAUGACAUUACCGUCAAGGGUGAAUUCUUUGAAGAUGAAGAUUUCCAGGAAAUUUUUGGAUUCGACGAUCAGGAAGCAUGGGACAGAUUAAGAUCCUUUCGAAAUACAACGGAAUUAUUUCUUAGUAAUCAAUUGCAGAGCGAACUUGGCAUUGCUCUUGGGAAGAAUGUGACCGACGAACAUCCGUGGAAGGCGGUCAAGAAGGAAACUCUGCAAAAAUGCCUCACCAAAGGCUUGCUGGCGGCUGUCCCGAAGGUAGAAGAAUCACUACGAUUGCUCGCACCUGACUCCUACGUGCUAGUAGAAUACAUUCCGGAUCAAUCAUCACAGCAAGAGGACACGUUCCUGCUGUACUCCGAUGCGGCAGAAAUUAACGAGGCAAGUGAAAUCGUACGCAAGCUGGAGCUUCUGGAACGAUUAAAGCUGGAGCUGCUUACGCUGAAGCGCCCGAGACGCAAAUGGAGCACCGAUGGCGCUGUGGAGCAGGAAAUAGCAAAGGAGAAGCGAACACGGGACGACCCCAGCCUGGCAACGGAGGCGCAAAGUGUCCUCCCGAUACGACGGAUCAAUCAAACGCUGUCGUUACGCAGCGCGCCCAAUGUACGCGAUGGGUACGCGGAGCUGCUCCCGUGCAAGUGGAAACCGAUCAACAUCCCGCGAAGAAUAACGGAUCGGGGGACGCAAGUGCGCCCACCGGCACACAGCCGAAGUCUUCAAACCGAGCCCGCCUUCCCGUCGCACGCCGCCACCCAGUACCGGCUCGAUGUGGCCGGCAGUAAGACAGAUCCGUCGCUGAUUCCACCGACCUGGCUGGAGCACGCCGCCGAGCGCCUGUCGGGCGAGGCUCAGUUUAACCUGAUUGAGCUGUACCGGAACGAGUACGACUGUAUUUCGCCGGCGCGUGUGCCCGCUUAUCGGACGCCGCAGAUCGACGAGGUGCUGUCGUUUAUGAACCGUGCGCUGUGCGGCGGGCGGACCGUCCGCACGCUGGACUGGCAUCCGGAGCUGUCCGGGUGCUUUGUCGCGUCGUAUACCUUCGAGACGCCGGCAAAGCACGCUAACAAGCAGCACAAUCAAUCGGAGCAGCCGGCCGGGGCGGAUGCUCUCGGGCGGAUGACGUUUGAAAAAUGCACCGUACUGCUGUGGAGCUUCGAGGAUAGCUUGGAGCCGGCGCUGGAGCUGAAAACGAUUCGCGAAGUGACGGCUGUCGCGUUCUGCCCGUACGACGGCGAGCUGCUCGUGGGCGGACUCUCGAACGGGCAGAUUGUUUUGUGGGACUUGAGCGGCGAGCUGGAGCGCGUUGAACAGGCGAAAAGGGACGCCCGUGGGGCGAGUGAGUACCGCAAACAGGCGCGCCAUCUGAUGGAUUAUCCCGCGGCGGAGCGCAUCGAUCGGGAGGUGAAUCCCGCCGCGGUGAGUUCUCUGGAGCAUUCGUCACGUGCUGCCAUUACGGGUGUCAAAUGGUUGCCGCGGAAUUAUUACUGCACCAGCACCGGGCACUUGAAGUCACACGCGGACAAGCUUUACCGGUUCAUGAUGACGACGGCGCUCGAUGGGAGCGUGUGCUUUUGGGAUCUUGAGUUUACGAUGCCCGCGCUGCAGAAGCUGAUUGCGGCGAGCAAGACCGCCCAGCAGGCUGACCGAACGUUGUACCAGCGCGUGAAUAAUCUGUUCUUUCCUACGUUCAAGCUGGUUUGCGAACUGCCCGUCCUGUCGGUGGUCAUCGACGAAGCGGUGUAUCUGUCAAUGCCGCUGGAAACGGUGACGGAGCUCACGGUGCGCGUCAAACACCAGCAGCAACCGGUGCCGGUGGGCUGUGAAAUGCUGCUGAAGGUUGGAUCAUACACGGGUCAGCUGAUUGAGGGCUGCUGGGAAGGGUACGAUUUUGAGCAGGGUGCGCUGGUAAACGAUGAGCCGGUAAAGGUACAGCACGUGUUUGGGCAGAUCCAUGAUGGGCCGAUUUUGGCGCUGGAACGCAAUCCACACUGCCGCAGUGUGUUCCUCUCGAUCGGAGGCAAUGUUCUUGCGAUCUGGGCUGAGGACGACAAGAGUUCGCCCGUGUUUUGGCGCAAGAAAGCCGAAAUGAUUACAGCGUGCCGUUGGAGUUUGGACCGCGCGUCGGUGUUUUUCAUCGGGCUGAGCAAUGGGGACUUUGAAAUAUGGGACAUGAGCUUGAAAACAUUCCGUGCGACUGUUUGCUUGAAUCUAGGCUCGGAAGCACUUACCACCAUCUCGCAGCACCGUUUGGCAAGCGCCCGCAACUGCCUGGCCGUUGCGGAUCAUAAUGCAAACAUUCGUAUUUUCAAGCUAGCCCCGACCUUUGUCAACCCCCUGCCGGAUGAGGUAGAAAAAUUCGAGGGCAUGAUGAACCAUGAGCUAACGCGCAAAACGAACCAAGCAACCUGGGUGAAGGGUUACUACGAUCGCAAUGGCGCUACGAUUGAGGCGAAAAUUCAAGCUGAAAUUGAUGCGCGCGAAAACAGACUCCAGCAGGAAGCGGAACGCGUGACAGCGAACGCACCGGACACUGGCACGGAUACGGCCCGGUUGAAGAAACUGCAGGAGCUUGAAAAGCGCAUGCCACUGAGCGAACGGUUGGAGCAGAAGUAUCAAGCAAGACACUUUCAAACGCUGCUGAGGAAGCUCAUGGCUCGGCGCAACGUAAGCCCGGAGCGUAUGGCUCGUCAGAUGCGCCCGGAGGUGGAGCGGCGCAAGUACAAUGCGGAAAAGCGGGAAGCAAUCGCGGCAAACAUUGCCCUGGCAGCGGCUGACUUUGUCGGUGCGCACAAACUGCUGCGACCGGCGGAGAAGGAGGAUGCCGCCGUCUUGGUUGAUGAGAGUGUGGAUCGGGGUGAGCUGGUAAGCAAACAUGGCACUGAUAUUGCUGACUAUAGGCGGGCUGAAUCGGAUGCUCAGGGCGUGCUGCGGGCGCACUAUCUGCCCGAGAUGGAGAGUUUUAUUGAAGUGCUGACGAAGGGUCGCGAGCGGCGGGAUAAGUUUUGCAUCAGCGUUGGCACGAAUAUGGAACAUUUGGUGAGUUAUGAAAACAAGCGCAUGUUGCGGCGGAUGGGAGUUGCUCCCAGAACGCGGCUAGAAGAUUUGAAACCGUGGAGCGUUGUGGAAAUGGAAGACGAAGGCACUGUCCAAGAGGGAACCAAUGAGGGAGAGAAGUCCAACGAUUUGUAACUGUAACACGUUAAUUGCUGCAAAUACAUUUUCUUAAAA